CGCAGGCGCGUCGGGGCGCCGGGCUGGGGCGCCGGGCUUCACUGCGCAGGCGCGGACGCCGCCGCCGGCGUGGUCCCCAUGGAGCUGCCGUAGCGGACCCAGCGCAGCCAGGAGCGUUCGGGAUGAGCUCAGCUGCGGCGGACCACUGGGCGUGGUUGUUGGUGCUCAGUUUUGUGUUUGGGUGCAAUGUUCUUAGGAUCCUCCUCCCGUCCUUCUCAUCCUUCGUAAGUGGUUGCCAGGCCUCCCAAGGGCCGGUGGGGACGCCGCCCCAGUCCUCCGACUGGUCUGGCAGGCAUUCGAGCAGUCCCCGGCCAGGAUUUCCCAGAAGCCUGGCGGGCGAUGUCAGCUGUUCCAGGUCCCGGAGAGAUGGAUCCUCGCGUCCAGAAGGCCACAUUCUUGGGAUGUCCAGGGUGCUGCAGAAGGAUGCGGAGCAGGAGUCACAGAUGAGAGCGGAGAUCCAGGACAUGAAGCAGGAGCUCUCCACGGUCAACAUGAUGGACGAAUUUGCCAGAUACGCCAGGCUGGAAAGAAAGAUCAACAAGAUGACGGAUAAGCUCAAAACCCACGUGAAAGCUCGGACAGCUCAAUUAGCCAAGAUAAAAUGGGUGAUAAGUGUGGCUUUCUACGUAUUGCAGGUGAACUGUGAAGUAACUUCUUGGAGAGCUUCCGCCAUACCUUUAUCCCAGUGCGGUUUGAAGGGCUGGCAGGACGCGAUGAGAAGCUUGGAGAUGACUUUGUUUUUUUCUGAGAUUUUCAAUCAUUUUGGCCCUUACUCGGCUGCCCUGAUGAUCUCACUCAUUUGGAAGUACUAUUCUGUUCCUGUGGCUGUCGUGCCGAGUAAAUGGAUAACCCCUCUAGACCGCCUGGUAGCCUUUCCUACUAGAGUAGCAGGUGGUGUUGGAAUUACCUGUUGGAUUUUAGUCUGUAACAAAGUUGUGGCUAUUGUGCUUCAUCCGUUCAGCUGAACAGGAAGAUGGAUACAGCUAUGAGGCUUUUAAAAAUGGAUUUUCUCUUAUUAGGUUAAAAAUCUGAUUUAUACUUUUUUUUUUAAGAAACAAAAGUACACAGUUUAGAUUUUUUUUUGUUGAAUAUGUUUGUUCUUGGACUUUAUGAGAGAUUCUUAUAAGAAUCAUGAUUUUCUACACUUGUCGUUGAGCCAAGAAAGUCCAGUUUAUGACACGUGUAUACCAACGAACACCGUCCUAGAUCCGUAUGAAAUGUGAAACGUUCAGGGGCAUCUCCGUGCCGCCGCUCGUGAUUUGCACUCGUAUAUUUUGGUCAUAUUGCCAGCCAGAAACUCAAAAUUUUCUAACAACUUAAGUUCUGUGAAGACUUAGUGCCGCUUUUAAUCCGGCUUAGAAAGUAACUUAAUUUUAAUCCCACUACUAAGAAUUUGAGAAUUUCUUCUUUAACCACAUUCAGUACAACUAAAAGAACAACACUAAUUAACAUUGCUUAGGCUUUUUCUCCCUUUGUUUAAAAUGUCAUUUGAGCAAGAGCUGUAUAGUAUUAUCUACUUACUCGAAGCUGUUAAUUUUUCAUUACAGUGUUUUGUAAAUGUAUCCAUGAGACCAUAAUGCAUUGUUUUGUGCUCAAAUUGUGUUUUGUAUUUAAAGCAUUUUGAAUGAAGUGUAUUUUGUAAGCAUUUAAUAUUUAUGCUCUUUAGAAUGGAACACAGGAAACAAACCUUAUCAGGCCUGAUUAAAUUAUUCUGAACCAAUAACCUGUGUGGCCCACAAAGUAUAAUUCUGCUAAAUGCUUUUUAAAACACUUUUUUCUAAUUAAAAUCUUGGCAAAUGCUUGUG